CUUCGCCCCCGCCCCUCCCCGCUGCCGGCGCCCGCGUCCUGCCGCCGCCAUGGCUGCCCCGGGGCCGCUCCUCCGCGCCGCCGCCGCUUCCUCCCGCCGCUGGCUCUUCUCCGCCUCGCCGGCAGCCGGGACGAGGCCGGGCGGCGGCGCCGCUGCCGUGAGGACAGCCCGGCUGUUCAGUCUUUCUGCCCGGGCGGCGCUCAGCUCAGAAGAUAAAAUAACUGUUCAUUUCAUAAAUCGUGAUGGUGACAAACUAACGGCCAAAGGAAAAGCUGGCGAUUCACUGCUGGAUGUUGUUGUUGAUAAUAAUCUAGACAUAGAUGGUUUUGGUGCAUGUGAAGGAACGUUAGCCUGUUCAACUUGCCAUUUAAUCUUUGAAGACCACAUAUUUGAGAAACUAGAUGCAAUUACUGAUGAAGAGAUGGACAUGCUGGACCUGGCAUAUGGCCUCACAGAAACAUCACGUUUAGGCUGCCAAAUCUGCUUGAAGAAAUCGAUGGACAAUAUGACUGUUCGAGUACCAGAAGCUGUUGCUGAUGCUAGACAAUCAGUAGAUAUGAGUAAAAACUCCUAAAAGAAAAUAUCUUGGGGGUUUUAAAGAAACGUAAUUAUUUUUAUAACUUAUUUUUAAAUGUGUAAUUAAAUAUGGAAACUUACAUAAUUGUGAGUUAUUUUAUAUGACUAUCAAUAUUAGAUUAAUGCUAUUUUAAUUUUCUUUAUAGAACCUCCUAUAUUUUUACGCUUAAAAUGCAAUAAUACUUCAUAUAACUGAUGGUUGGAUUAUAAACAUGAGCAAGUAUAUUACAGAUUUCAUAUAAAAUUAUUCUUCCAAAACCUUUAAUGAAAUUUGAAAACUGGAUGACUUCUACAGGAGUCCUCCUGAGAACCCCUGGGUGUUUCUAGGUUUCAGACCUGGAUAUGUUAGAGAACAAAACUUUUAAGACCACAUAGGGGUCUUCUUAAAGUGUUGCCAUGAAAGAUAGUGUGCUCAGAGCUCAUUUGCUUUCUUCGUAAAUAUGGUACUUCCUUUGCAAAUACUGGCUUUUCAGGGUAGGGAUUUUUCCAAACUUUGGAAUCUUCAUGAGAAGUGGCAAAAUUUGUCUUGCAAAAAUACUGUUAAUACCAUGAAAUCUAGGGGCUGCUACAGAAUGUUGGCACCUGCAGCUUAAUUGCUUCAGUGCAUCUCUGUUGCCCAAAUAGAUGUCAAUGAACCUCAGUUUAACUGUAUUUACUUUUGACUGCACCACAAAUUCGGGGAUAAACAUGGCUUGGAGUAAAGCCUUGAAGCUCUCUAAUGGCAGAGCAUGGAGGUAAUUGUAAACUCUUGCUGUUCUCUGAAGAUGUCUGAGUUGGGAAUGAAGAUGGCAAUGUUCAUCAACUUAAAAUUUGUUCCAAAAUCUUUCUCUCUUUCAGUUUUGAGCUUAUUCAGGAGGUAAUCUGAUGUCAGGUAGGGCAUUUAUUGUGAAGAGAAGCCUGGGUUCUGUGCCUUGCUCCCAGGAUCACUUCAGUAGUGGUUGAAGUGAAAUGACAGUGUAUUUAUUCCAUAAAGAUGCACUAGGUUUUCCAGAAAGGGUAGGAACACCCUACCCUGGUGGCAAUAGCAUAUGGACUGAUGAUGGAAGAGCUUCCAGUUGGAUCGUGUUCUAGUCUUUCUAAAGUAGACCAAAAUAAAAUGGCUGUCACUAAGAGAAUAGUUGUUACUGUUGUAAGAUUAUUUUAAUAUUUUGGGCUUGUUUUUAUGUCUAUAACCUGUUUAUUUACACUUGAAUGAUGCAUUCAUUAAUGCCUUAUUUGAACUGGUGACAAUGACAUCUAGACAUUUUGCAUUAUUGUAUUUAUGGGAGAGGAAAAGAAAUUAUUUUUCCAGUGUCAAAUACUUGGUUUAUUUUGAGUUUCAUAAAAGAAAAAAGUAAUCCCUCUUUGUUAGAAAAAAAAAUAAAAUUUCUAGAACUGUACUGAAAGUAGAUCUAGUUGAGAUGGCUUGAUUGCCUCUCUGAGUAACUAUUUAUUUGUUUCAAUGGUGUUCUCUUUGGACUUUCUGCUAGAACAAGGUAUGCUUAAUAUGGUCUGCUCAGAUGAUUUAAUCAAAUAGGGUUUUCAAAAUGAAGUUUCUGUCUCACCUAAUUAAAAAUAUUACUUCAGAGUUGAAAUUUCCUGGCUUUUUGAAAUAUGCAGAGAGCAAGGUUGGGGAGAAGGGUGGAAAUAAAUGAAGGAAAAUUUCUGAAGAUAACUGUUGUCUUCCUCUCAACUGCUGUGACUAACUGUAAUUUAGAUGUUACCCUCCCACAGUGAGGCACUAAGGUAAAUCAGUUCUCACUUUGUAUUGCCUUUGUCCUGAGUUCAUUUAUAUACUGUAAUUAUUUUUAUUAUAUCUUCAACUUUUAUUUUUUUUACAUGAGACACAGCUCUUUAGCUUCCAAGAGACAGAACUCUUCAUAACUAGAGGUAUUGUGCAUUCUUACAGUGGAAAGAAGUCUGAGGUUUUGGUAUAGCUGUGGGGUUUAGGGGGAAGUGUUGGUGUUUGUUGGUUUUUUGUUUUUGGUUUGGUUGGGUUUUUUUUUUACUGAAAGCACGAGACAUUUCUCCUUGUGGGAAUCUUGAAGCUCUUAACACUGUGUUAAACAAACAUGAAACAGCUCUCAUGCAACAGUUUUCUUUCUAAGCCAAGGUUGUUCCAUUGUGGAUUUCCUGUGACAGCUUCUUGUUACAAAGACUGACUCUCCUGUAGUGUGUGCCUGUGGAAAGAAUUUAGUGCACAGCAAGGCAAAAAAAGGACACUUCAAAGUUCAUUUUGAAUUCUGGAGGUAUCCCAUACUGCAUGCAAGUGGAAAUCUCAGAAGGCAAAGGAACUAACUUGUAAUCCCCAAAAUGCACAGUUCAGAGAUACUUGUUUCGUUAUUGUCAAAAUGAUUUGCAAAUAAAUCUUAUUUUAUACCA